CGCGGUGAGUUUGACCUCUGCGAGCAAUUCCGAUGUGAGCUUGACGAGCGCCGGUACGGGUGAUAUCCUGUUGACAUCGACGGACGACAUCACGCUCGACGCUGCCGAUGAUGUGACGAUCGAUGCCGCCGGUGUUUUGUCUUUGGCGCAGGGCGGGACGAGCAUUUUGAGCUGGACGGACGCUGGCGCUGUGACUUUGAGCGCGAAGAGCGGCCAGGAUCUGACGCUGAGCGGCGAUGACGUGGUGCUUAAAUCAGAGGCGUCGUCGACGCUCGCUCUGAAGCAGGACUCGACGAGCAUCCUGAGCUGGGACGCGAGCGGCGCUGUGACUUUGAACUCCGUGAGCGGGCAGGACCUGACGCUGAGCACGGGUGGUAGCGCGCGCGUGACCGUGGACUCGACGGGUCAGGUGGGCAUCGGGAAGACGAAUCCGAGCUACGAUCUGGACGUGACGGGAACAUCUCGUAUAACAAGUAAUUUGAACGUCGAAGGCACCUUGAAUUUUCCAAUUUCAGAAACGGUCGCCGUGGGCACAAAAAUAAACUUGAAUAGUGCUGGCACGCUCACCAUUGGAACUACGUCGCGGAACAAUUCACUUGGCACCCCACAAUACUACAAUCAGUAUACGGCGAUUUGGGGUCACUUGUUCAUGGCCGGUACCACGGAGCUCGUCAGAUUGACUGCCGACGGGCGUCUCGGCAUCGGCCUAGCGCCCGAAAAAAACCUUGACGUACAAGGCGAAGGCAGAGUAUCUGGCGCUUUCACCGUGGGAGGCGCGCUAUCCAAAUCGAGUGGCUCUUUCAAGAUCGAUCACCCGCUCCCCGAGAUGAGCCACACGCACGAUUUGUAUCACUCCUUCAUUGAGGGACCGAGAGCGGAUCUCAUCUACAGGGGCAAGGUUCGUUUACAGAACGGCAGAGCUACGAUUAACAUCGACGCUGCGUCGAAUAUGACGUUCGGCACGUUUGAAGCGCUCAAUCGCGACGUCCAAUCGUUCACGUCAAAUGAGAGCGACUGGGACCCCGUACGAGGCUCCGUCGUCGGCAACGUCCUCACCAUCGAGUGUCAGAACCCGAUGUCGACGGCGCUCAUCAGUUGGAUGGUCAUCGGCGAGCGUCAUGAUCAACACAUGUAUGAUACGGAGUGGACCGAUGAGAACGGUCGCGUCGUCCCGGAACAAUUAAAAAAGAGUGCGACGACGUGA